UAGCUAGCAUGCACGCGCGUAUAUAUACACCACCCUUGGUCCGUCCGGCGUCCCGGCCCAAACAGCAGGAACGAAGAAGCACACUACGCCGGUACACACAGAUCAUCUUCACCAUCGGCCGAUCAACUGGCGGUCCAGUCUCCAGCUAGAGCAUCAUAUCCAAUGGCAAGCCAAGCUCAGGCGGCGCGGCUGCAGCCUCCCACGAUGGCGCCGUUCGCGCCGCUGCCGCACAACGCCUGCAAGCACGACGCCGUCCGCCACCACCUCAACACGAUGGCCGCCACUUGGUGCGGCAGCACCAACAACAACGUCACCGCCACGGGUGCGAUGGCCGCAGCAACUUCCGGCAGCACCAGCAACAGCAACGCCGCCCCGGGCGGUGGUGCGACCGACAUGGCCGCCUACCUCCAGCAGCUGCAGGACGCCGCGGCCGCCAAGAGUAGCGGCGGCGGCGGUGCUACGCGUGGGGAGCAGUGCCCGCGGUGCGCGUCGCACGACACCAAGUUCUGCUACUACAACAACUACAACACGUCGCAGCCGCGGCACUUCUGCCGCGCGUGCCGGCGCUACUGGACGCUGGGCGGGUCCCUCCGCAACGUGCCCAUCGGCGGGUCCACGCGCAAGCGCCCGCGCCUGGCGCACCCGCACCCGCAGCAGCACGCCAGGCGCGCUCCGGCGGCGCACGUAUUCGGCCUCGGCCUCGGCAUCGGCGGCGUGGCGCCGCCGCCGCCGCCGCCGAUGAUGCUGCCCUCUUCGUCGACGUCGUCGCCACCUUCGCAGGGACAGGGCGGCGGCGGCCUCCUCGGCUCGCUGUUCGCGCUCGGCGCCGCGGGGCCGCUGCUCGAAGGCCGCGGCGCGGGGUCGUCCUUCGACUUCGACUUCGACCUCGGGCUCGGGCUCCCGACCGGGCCCUUGCACCUGGGCGCCGGCGAGGCGGCGGCCGCGCAAAUGCAAGGACUCGGGCUCAGGGGAGGUGGACCCGCAGCCGGGUCGUCGGCCUUCCUCUGGCCCGCCGGGGCCGGGAUGCUGGUGGACAACGACAGCGUGGACACGUGGAAGUUGCCGGGCACCAGUGCUGGUUCAAUGUGGCCGGACUUCUCUUCUCUGGCGGCAGCGGCGCCACAAACCGGCGGGCUGAUGCAUGGAGGGGCUCACGCUCACCUGAUGUGAGACGGGGCGUGCUUCCUUCAAUUCGUACCAUGGGCCAUGGCCCCGUAUACUACAGUAUCAUCAGUUUAAGAGGCAUGCAUAUUCCUGGACGGCUUGCAUAGUUGCAUUGCAUAGCAGACGUGUAUGUCUCAUUUUUCCCUCAGCAUUUGUAGCAGUAUUGGUCUGUGUCGUGUCUUGAGUACGUACGCCGUGCUUCAGGUUCUUGCCUGUGCUCGGCUACAAAGGGUUCUCCAAGUUUGCAGUUUUGGUCUCCCUUAUAUAUAGGGUACGUUGUACGUAGAAUAUAUGGUCUAGCUAGCUAGGUGCAGGUUCGUGGCUGUACCUGUACUCGUUGGGCUGCCAGCCAAGUUCUGCUCGUGUCUCGUGUGCCGGUGAAUGUUAAGCUUAUACCUUACAUGUAAUUUACUAGAGCUAGCAGCACACUACUAUCGAUUUUACGA